UUCUAGCAGCUUACUAGCACCUACAAGCAAGUUCCUUGGGAGAUCGGUGAAUUAGUGGGGCAAUGUCGUCAUCAACUGUUGGCCAACGUGGAUUGCGAUGAGGCGCUUUGACCGGACAAAUUGCAUCUAGGACAGUCUGUGGGAAGACCACGGCGCGUGUAACUUGCAAGUCAGCAACAAAGAUCUCCCUUAUUCGGAGUGCCCUGAAGGCACUACUUGAGCUGCAACUCUCCUGCGCGGGAAGGAUGCUACAUCUCCGCCCUCAAAACGGUCCGACCCAUGCUAUGGCCUGUGCCCAACAUCUCGCUUCCGUCCACGACUGGGACGGAGAACCCAGUAGUGCAAUGACCUCAUGAGCUCUCCUUUGAGAAACUGCGGACAGCACAAGAGGUCCCGCUCCACAAGCAAACCAAUGUUAGCUGGAUUCGAUUGAUCUUACCACUCGAAGGCCCGGACCGAUCCUGGACCCGUUGUUACAGGAUGAUGACCGCCAAAUAACACCGCCCAGAAAAGUGUGCGUGCUUCCUCGCGGCUUGGUCGCUGAUGCGUCAUCCGUGCAGUCAGUUGCGGGCAUCACAGUCAUCGGUGACCGCAAACACCCGUCACGGUCACGUCUGGUGCUAUCCAUUUCCAGGGAUCCGGAGAAACAAGCAUGGUGGCAGGCCGCAGUCCGAUGAACCGGCGGACGUGGCCGGAGAGUGUGGGAGGACCAGGAUACGCCUCGGGAAUAGUGGUGGCGUACGACGGCAACGAGAACCGAGUCAGACAUCCGGCACAUCGCACACAGAGAUUGUCAUCUCCAUCCCCGAGAUCCUGGGGGGACCGGCAAGUCGCGAGAGAUCGAGGGUUCGGCGCCAGUGUCUAUGUAUGUCGUGCCGUGAUACGAGCGGCACAUGAUCGCCGGCAAUGCAUCGUUCGAUGGCCAGGAAUCGGAUAUCGCAUCCGCAGCGGCGGCGGCGGCGGCGGCGGC